AUGUAUUUAAUUGAAAUUGAUAAACUUCAAACUAGUUCUUCUAUAUUAGAUAAAGAUUUUUCUUCAAAACAUAUGAAAAUCGAGAAUUCUAAUAAAAUUUUUGAUAAUAUUAAAUGUUAUAAUUUUCAGUCAGAUAGAAUCUUUUAUAUUGAAGAUAUUAGAAGUAAUAAGAUGGAGGUGUGA